CAGAGCGUUCGCCGUAGACGAAACGGGUUGUAGUUGGUGUUGAGACUCGCCGACGCUGUCAGUAAUAGUAGCGGUGACGGGCAGGCGGUGGCAGAGCGGUGACAGUUGUAGAGCGUCCGCUUCAGCCGUCGGGACGCCGGGCGAACACCGGUCUUCACAUGUCCUGCUCUCUGGUGCAGUUCUGUCGGGUGCAGGAGCUCCGCGCCGUUCGGGAGUUCCUAUUCCCCGAGCAGCGCGGCGGCCCCGCGGGCGGAGAGUCUGAGGGAGCCGGAGCGGAUAAGGAGCUGAGCUGGGAUGACUCAGACUGGGGCUCUUGGGACAAAGACAACUCCAAGGAUGACGGCAAGACCGCGGAGGAGUGUGUGCAUCAGAGCGCCCCGUGGCUGCACGACUGCACCGUGUCCCUUUCACCCUGCUCCGACCUGCUGGUAAUCGCCCACGAGCACAAGGCUGUCUUUCUGUCAGCCAAGUGGUGGACAGAUGAGGCCGGACACGAUGAGAUGACGUUGACCGUGUCCUGGAGCGGAACACUUAACGCUGAAGAAGGGGAGUGUGUGAACAGUGUGAUCUGUAUACCCCUGGCGAGUCAGAAGAGGAGUUCGACGGGACGACCGGACUGGACGUGUGUAGUAGUGGGCUUCACUUCAGGAUAUGUGCGAUUCUACACAGAGAGUGGAGUGCUGCUCCUGGCACAGCUGCUCAACGAAGACCCGGUUCUGAGGCUCAAGUGCAGGACAUAUGAGAUUCCCCGGCACCCUGGAGUCACGGAGCAGCAUGAGGAGCUGAGCAUCCUGUAUCCCACAGCCCUGGUGACCAUCGAUGGCUUCAGCCUCUUCCAGUCACUGCGGGCCUGCAGAAACCAGGUGGCUCGAGCUGCAGCGGCAGGCAGUGAUACAGUGCAACCGCCUCCCCUGGCCUACAAGAAGUGGGGUCUUCAGGAUAUGGACACCAUAGUGGACCACAGCAGCGUGGGCAUCAUGAGCCUGUGUGUGUUUGACCAAAUGAAGAACGCCUCCAUCCUAGGGGGGUUCAAUGCUGCUGUGAAGGGCAGCCCCCCGGCCAUGUGCCAGUACAUCACUGUGGGUGGGGGUCCCUUCACUGGCUUCUUCUAUGCCAUAGAGGGAAGUUCCCAACCUCUUCUCUCUCACGUGGCUCUUGCUGUGGCCAGUAAACUCACCUCUGCCCUCUUCAGUGCAGCCAGCGGGUGGCUCGGCUGGAAGAAUAAGAACGAGGAGGAGCCGACCCAGAAACAAAAGCCCAAGGUGGAGCCGGCUACUCCCCUGGCUGUCAGGUUCGGUUUACCCGACUCCCGGCGUCAUGGCGAGUCCAUCUGCCUAUCCCCCUGUAACACCUUGGCCGGAGUGACCGACGACUUCGGGAGAGUCACACUGCUAGAUGUGGGGAGAGGCAUCGCCAUUCGAAUGUGGAAGGGCUACCGGGACGCUCAGCUGGGGUGGGUGCAGGUUAGCGAGGGGCAGGAGGAGCGAGAAAGGACCACGUCUCCCACCCUCCCCCGCCGUCAUGCCCAGUUCCUGGUCAUCUAUGCUCCCCGUCGGGGCAUCUUGGAGGUGUGGGGGACCCAGCAGGGGCCUCGUGUCGGGGCCUUCACUGUGGGCAAACACUGCAGGCUGCUCUACCCUGGGUACCGGCUGAUGGGGGUGAACAGCAUCACCAGCCAAGGCUGGCAGCUCCACACUCAGCAAGUGUGCCUGCUGGACCCGAGUACCGGCUCCCUGAGAACCGUUAACGUACCCUUUCACUUGGCCCUCAGCGAUAAGAAAAGUGAGCGGGCAAAGGACAUGCAUCUGCUCAAGAGGCUCAAUACGCUGCUGAGGAGCCGGGAGGUGGAACCAGACGUCCUGGAGAGCGAAGCCCAGUGUGUCCUGCUGGAGAUCAAGCACCCUGCCAUUAAAAAACAGGCACUAGAGUCCUUGCUGUCCAGUAAGAGAGUCCCAGUCUCAUGCCUGACCAACAUCACUUGCUCCUUGCUGGACAGUUUAAAGAAGCAAGAUCCAGAGACAGUUGAUGAGACUCUCCUGCAGCUGUGUUCCUCUCAGCUGAAACUGCUGCAACUCUACACCAACAUACUGUCACUCCAGACUGCAAAGCUGUCCUCGGUGGACACUGACGCCAGCACUGUGGCGUGCGACGAGACUGACGAGGAACUUGACCGCAUCGAUCCAAUCCUGCGGCGUUACGCAGAGUUGCUGUCCCGCCCUUCCGUGUCUUUUUCCCAGGAUGCCGAAGGUCCAUUUCCUGCACGCAUCUUCCUGUCCCAGCUGAAGGCCGAGGGCAACACGCUGCGGGUGGCCAGAGGACAGGACAGUGACUGGACACAGCUGGGGAGCUUCCUGUUCUGGGACUGCCUGUGUGGACAGAGUUCCCACCAGAAGCUCUGUGAGAUGCUGCAGGAUGCUGGGAUCAGCCCCCAGGACCUUCUGUCUCUGCUGCUUAAUGUUUGGCUGCAGAGAGAACGACAAAUGCUGAAAAAUCCCGAUGCCGUCCGACACCUGCAUUCUCUGCUGACGGCUCUGAGCAACAUGUCCGGAGCUGUGGAUGAGUCCUGGGACCCGCAGUGUGUUUCCCCCUGGUGGCAACAGGUCCGCACUGCAUGUGUGCAGACAGAGAGCUCUGGUGCUGCCCUGCUGGUGGCCCUGGUUGCCCACCGCACCGCCAAGAACUCCAUCACCAGCCUAGCGGAGAAAAAGUUCAAGUCAGAGUGGGAGGCCGUGUCCCUGGAGCUGGAGCAGUGGGUGGUGUGCCUUAGGCAGCUGGAGGACGUUUUGGCCCUGCAGACACUGCUUUGCCUGCCUGGACCACGGGGAACCCCAGGAGGUGCUGCUACACGCUGUUCUGUCAAGGCUCUGCUGGAGAGUGGCAGAGGUGGCGUGGCUGACAGCGUGGCGAAAUGGGUGUUCCGCCAGGACCUGUCCCCGGCCCUGCUAAAGGACAUCCUACAGACCAGGGGAGAGGUUGAAUCUGUGCCAGUGUCCUCCGAAGAUGGAGACUUCCAAAGGGCAGCAGAGCUGCUUGUCUCGGUGUGUCAGCGCUUCCCAAACUCGCUGUCUCCUGAUUUGCUAUUUGCUCACUGCUGCUGGGAGUUUGUUGUACAGUGGAAUAAGGACCCUGAGGAAGGACGUUACCUGUCCUGGUCUGUUGAACACCUGAAGCUGAUUGCUAACCCUCACAUCCAGCUGGGUAUUGCACUCAUGAUGUGGAGUACCUUCAUUGUCAAGCGCUUCUCUGCUGCUGCCUUCCUCAUGGAGAAGGUGGGAAAGGCCCCAAAAGACAGAUUGUGUCGAAGGGAUGUGGGCAUGGGGGACAAUGCCAUGACCUCCUUCCUGGGCUCUUGUACACAGCUGCUGCAGACACUCAUGGAGGCGGAUGCCAGCAUUGAGGAGGUGUCCCCACCGGAGCUUUCUGUGGAGGAGGUGUGGGUGGGUGCAGACGGGCCUGCCUCCAUAGCUGAGCUGGCUCUGGAGCAACGGACAGUUCACUACCCCCUUGUGCAGCACCACUGUUUGUUGGCCUCCCUGCUCCAUGCCACCAUGACCUUCGGAGUCCGGGUCAAGCCUUUGAGCCUCUUUGACAGCAAGGGGAAGAACGCCUUCUUUAGAGACCUGACCACCAUCCAGCUGCUCCCCAGUGGGGACAUGGAUGCCAAUCUGAUUUCCCUAAGGCAGGAGUUCCUUCUGAAGGUGCUGAGUGGCUGGGUGAACACGCAGGCAGAAAGAACAUCAGAGCCCAGCUGCCCCCGCCAGGAUCCUCAUGAGGUGUCGUGGGCUUCGCUGUGUCUGGAUUUAGCUCCCCUGCUGCAGGUGAACCCUGACCUGCUGCGCAGACACCUAGUGUGUGAGUUCUACAGCCAUGGCCUGGACCUGCGAGCGGAGGAGGUCAUGCUGGAGGUGGAGGAUAAGGAUGUCCUGGGCUCCCAGCUGCUGGUUCUGACGGGUCAGAGGCUGUCCUACUCCCUACUGCACACGCAAACCCGGCCCGGCAUGGAGUUGCUGGCUCGAUUGCCUCCAAUGCUCUGCACCUGGCUGAAGGCCAUGGACCCCAGCGAGCUGAGCUGCUCCUCUGUUCCCCUGUCCCUCAUCAGCCGGAUGGUGAGCCGUGUCAUUGAGAUGCUGCCCGACAACCACGCCCAGUACAGCCUGGCCUUACACCUGCUGGAGGCUGUGGAUGCGUUGGCGACUGAGGCAUGAAGAGCUGGAAGGGGGCUGCAAGGUGGGAGGGACUGGGUUGUAGGAGUGGCCAUCCAUUCACUUGUCAUGAUGCUGAUGUGUUCUGCGCUCCUUGUGUUGAGUCGAAGGCCUUGUGUUGUAGAGGUUCACGUGUGAAUGAAAGCGGUCUCCAUAGCGACGAGACCAGACACACAGAUCCUGAGAAACAGUCCGCCAAUGCUGUCCUGUGAUAUGUGGCCUGGCCUCUUUCUAAAGACUGAUGUAAAAUAUUUCAAAAAUUAUUUUUCCGUAUUUAUACGCUGUACUGUAUUAGCUAUCUGUGAGCUUUUAUUCUGUAUGUUGAAGCUUUUCAGCCAAUGAAGCAUCCAGAAGCGC